AGUCAUUGAGGCGCAUGCACAUUACGUAGCCGUGCCGCCGCGCCGCUUGAAGCGGAAAAUUUAAAAAAAAAUUGUGAAAGUGAUGGAUAUCGAAGAAGGCAAUAGUAGCAAACAAUAUAAUAUCGGUGAUGUGGUUGUGUUUUCAAACAUCAAAUAUUCAAUUUCGGGUAACGCAUGGCCAAUGAUAAAGGGUGGUAUCCGUCAAAAUGAAUUAACGAUCCUUAACAAUGUCUGUGGUGCUUUACGACCCGGGCGGCUCACUUUCAUUUUGGGACCAUCUGGUGCCGGAAAGACAUCUCUUCUCCAAAUAUUAGCAGGCCGAAAAAAGCGCGGUGUAAAGGGCUCUAUUCAAGGGGUUGGUAAUAAUGCAGUUUUAGUAGCGCAACAUGCAACUCUCAUUGGUGCUUUAACGGUGCGCGAAACACUACAUUUUGCUGGUGUACUUAAGUUAUCAAGGACGACAAGCUUUGACCGCAUGGAAACGAUAGAGAGGAUAUCAUGUCAACUAGGAAUCCGUGAAGUAUUCAACACAAGAACGAACCGUUUAUCGGGUGGAGAAAGGAAAAGGGUAACAAUCGCCUGCGAGCUACUUACUGACCCACAUAUCAUGUUACUUGACGAACCUACAAGCGGCCUUGAUUCCAUGUCCUCGAUGUCCGUGGCUAAAGCUAUACAAGCAGUGGCCAGAACAGGUCGAACAGUUGCUUGUGUCGUACACCAACCAUCAUCACAACUCUUUACGUUAGCAGAUGAUGUCAUACUACUUGCAGACGGACGAACUUUAUACGCCGGCACUAUAACAGAUGUGCCUGACGUAUUAAAAAAGGCGGGAUUAAUUUGCCCUCAAUACUACAAUAUUGCUGACUAUCUUGUAGAAAUAGCAAGCAACAAACAUGUCAAAGGUCAAGCAAUUUUAGAAAAUGAAGCUAAACUCUAUGUUAUGGAAGUGAGAAAAAUUGCCGACUCCUUGAGGAUGGAAAAAAAUAUCAAUAAUUCAAAUGAGGCGGAUGCAUUGCUUAAUGCGAACACGUCAUACGUAACCAGUUACACAGCCUCUUAUAUACAACAAUUGAAGGCUCUCUUAUGGCGUGGCUACAUUGGAGCGUUACGAGAUGUCCACUUGACACAGAUACGUUUAGUGACACAUCUGUUAGUGGCAUUGUUACUCGGUGCUUUAUAUAAUGGAGCAGGCGAAGAGGCUCAUCGCAUUACUACAAACACCAGUUGCUUAUUCUUCUUUCUACUAUUUCUCUUCUUUUCUAACGCUAUGCCUACCAUACAGACCUUUCCAGUGGAAUCAACAGUUGUACUUCAAGAACACUUAAACAAAUGGUACUCCCUGACAAUGUAUUGUGUCUCGAAGAUUUUGGUAGAUUUACCAGUGCAGUUAUUAUGCGCUACAGUUUUCGUAUUCCCGGCGUGGUACUUAACAUCACAGCCUUUAGAAGUUUACCGGAUGGGUUUAGCGUGGGUCGUAUGCGCAUUGACGACAAUACUAGCCCAAACCUUCGGCUUAGUUAUUGGGGCUGCUUGUGGAAUAAAGCUUGGAAUGUUCGUGAUCCCGGCAGCCAAUAUUCCUAUGUUGAUGUUCUCAGGAUUUUUUAUACCCUAUCACGAAAUGCCAAAUUAUUUGCGACCAUUAGCAACCAUUUCUUACUUCCGUUACGCCUUCGAUGGGUUUUUAUUGACCGUAUACGGUUUUGAAAGGCCUAACCUUACCUGCCAUACAACAUAUUGUUUCUUUAGAAAUCCCGUUAAAUAUCUUGAUUACUUAGGACUCUCUCAAAAUUUUAACAAUGACAUAAUUAUUUUAUUCGUCUGGAUUAUUGCAUUAGAAAUUUCUCUUAUUUGUGUAUUAAGGUAUAAAGUCUAUAAAGCAUGCAAAUAAAAAAGGCAUAUAUAAUAUCGUCG